UCUCGGAGAAAGCGUUGGGUUUCGAGAUCAGGCACGUGACGCCGGAGCCGAGAAGAAGGCCUGCGUCGAACUCGGUUUGCGGGGCUACAGAAAUUUGGAUGGUUUGAUCCGACGGACAUCUAGAACGCCUGCUCUUCCUCUUCCGCUUCCUCACGCACGACAAACAGCCAGAAUACCAGCAUGCCUCCUCGUCUCAACAUCGUCGUGCCUGUCAAGCGUGUGAUUGACUACGCUAUCAAGCCUCGUGUCAACGCAGCGAAGAAUAUCGUCGAGACAAACGGUGUCAAGUUCAGUCUCAACCCAUUCUGCGAAAUUGCCGUCGAAGAAGCUGUGCGUCUGCGCGAGUCGAACAAGGACCUCGUCGAAUCCAUCACUCUCGUCUCCGCCGGAUCGGCAAAAGCGCAAGAUGCGCUCCGCUCCGGUCUCGCCAUGGGUGCCGACAAAGCGGCCCUGAUCGAAUGCCCCGGCAUCGACGACUCCAAACUUCUCUCACUCGAACCCCUUGCCGUCGCCAAACUGCUUAAAGCCUACGUCGACAAAUCCGGCGCGAACCUCGUCAUCAUGGGAAAACAGGCCAUCGACGACGACGCAAACCAGACCGGCCAGAUGCUCGCGGGUCUGCUGAACUGGUCGCAGGCCACUAAUGCGAGCAAGGUCGAUGUCGCAGAAGACGGCACGGUUUCCGUCACCCGCGAGGUCGACGGCGGGUCGGAGACGUUGGCGGCGAAGUUGCCGAUGGUUAUUACUACAGACCUCAGACUGAACGUGCCGCGGUACACAAAGUUGCAGGAUAUCAUGAAGGCCAAGAAGAAGAAAACAGAUAAGCUCUCGCCUGCAGAUUUGGGCGUCGAUAUCACUCCAAGACUUGAGACCGUUUCUCUAGCAGAUCCUCCAAAGAGAGUCGGAGGCGCAAAGGUUGACAGCGUCGACUCGCUCAUUUCGAAGCUGAAGGAAGUCGGAGCAAUCUAAUUCCCCGCAGGCGUUUUAUAGAACAAAAUGUAACAAACUAUUGAUGAGAUAAAUAC